CCUUGAUUCUGUAUGCCAAAUCUUAAUUGAUUGAAUUCACAGGCGAAAGAGUUUAACAAUGAAGCCUACAACUCUAACGUGCGUGUCGACGUGUGUGUUGCUUAUCCUGGCACCGACUGGUCCUGUCCAAGGAAAGAGUCUGUUUGCCAUCAUGUCUAAACAGGCGGAGACGCUGCAACACGGUCUUGACUUGGCCUCCAAGGUUGGGGACAUAGGUUCCCAUAAAAAUUCAAUAGCAUUUAUGGCCGUUCUGUCGAGCACCAAAUCCUACAGUUCUGGGUCCGUCCUACAAUUUAACAGUGUAAAGGUCAACUACGGCAGUGGUUUCAACAGCGGCAACUACCGCUUCACCGCCCCAUCCGAAGGUCUGUAUGUCUUCACUUGGAGCCUUGGCCUCCACUCUAGCUAUUAUGGGCAAACCAGACUGGUGAAAAAUGGCAGCACCUACCAUCAGGUACAUUGUCAGAAAACCUACCAACAAUGCGGUGCUACCGUCACAGUGUGGCUUAACAAAGGCGACCAAGUUUGGCUUGUGACUGCCUCUUCCAGUGUGUAUUUGUACGGCACAUACUCGUCUUUUGCUGGAUGGAAAAUCAACUGAACACUGUAUCAGCAUUGGAUUAUAGAACAAUAAAGAGAUAUGCAUGUAAAAUAUA